CGAGGCCGGCGGGGCCCCGAGGCCGCAGCUCCGGUGCGCGCUGUCCCCGCUCGCAAGUGGCGAGCAAAGUUUGCUGGCGGAGACGCCGAGCCGGAGUCCUUUCUUCCUCUCGCUCCCCGAACCCGAGCGCUGCCGCGGGCGUCAUGCCCUCGCUCCUCCGCAGCCCGGGCUGCGCGUGAACCCGGAGGCUCCAGGGACCACGCUCUGCUGGAGUUUUCCCCGAGGAACCACCGAGCGCGGCGCUCGCUGCCUCCGGAGCCGCACGGGCCGCGGGGACAGGACCGAUCGCCGAGCUGCGUUGCCAUUCAAGUGGCGGCCGUAACAGCGGGGGCUGCGGCAGCACCUGGUUCCUGAGCCCACCGCGGGCUGAAGGCGUUGCAGGCGGUCCAUGCCCGAAGCAGAAGUGUGCAGAUGGGAUUAACGUCCACAUGGAGAUAUGGAAGAGGACCGGGCAUUGGCACUGUAACCAUGGUCAGCUGGGGUCGCUUCAUCUGCCUGGUCGUGGUCACCAUGGCAACCUUGUCCCUGGCCCGGCCCUCAUUCAAUUUAGUUGAGGAUACCACAUCAGAGCCGGAAGAGCCACCAACCAAAUACCAAAUCUCUCAGCCCGAAGUGUACAUGGCUGCCCCCGGGGAGUCGCUAGAGCUGCGCUGCCUGUUGAAAGAUGCCGUCAGGAUCAGUUGGACUAAGGAUGGGGUACACUUGGGGCCCAACAAUAGGACAGUGCUUAUUGGGGAGUACUUGCAGAUAAAAGGCGCCACGUCUAGAGACUCCGGCCUCUAUGUUUGUACUGCUGCUAGGACUGUAGACAGUGAGACCUUGUACUUCAUGGUCAAUGUCACAGAUGCGAUCUCUUCUGGAGAUGAUGAAGAUGACACAGAUGGCUCCGAGGACGUUGUCAGCGAGCACAGCGACAAGAGAGCACCAUACUGGACCAACACGGAGAAGAUGGAGAAACGGCUGCACGCUGUCCCUGCGGCCAAUACAGUCAAGUUCCGCUGCCCAGCGGGGGGGAACCCAACACCGACCAUGAGGUGGCUGAAAAAUGGAAAGGAGUUUAAGCAGGAGCAUCGCAUUGGCGGCUAUAAGGUACGAAACCAGCACUGGAGCCUUAUCAUGGAGAGUGUGGUCCCUUCGGACAAAGGAAAUUACACCUGUGUGGUGGAGAAUGAGUAUGGGUCCAUCAAUCACACGUACCACCUUGAUGUUGUUGAACGGUCCCCCCACCGGCCCAUCCUCCAAGCUGGACUGCCGGCAAAUGCCUCCACCGUGGUCGGAGGUGACGUGGAGUUUGUUUGCAAAGUGUACAGCGAUGCGCAGCCCCACAUCCAGUGGAUCAAGCAUGUCGAAAAGAACGGCAGCAAGUACGGGCCUGACGGGCUGCCCUACCUGAAGGUCCUCAAGGUUUCUGCCGAAUCCAGCUCCUCCAUGAACUCCAACACCCCACUGGUAAGGAUAACAACACGCCUCUCCUCUACGGCGGACACCCCCAUGUUGGCAGGGGUCUCCGAAUAUGAAUUGCCAGAGGAUCCAAAAUGGGAGUUUCCAAGAGACAAGCUGACGCUGGGGAAACCUCUGGGGGAAGGCUGUUUUGGGCAAGUGGUCAUGGCCGAAGCAGUGGGAAUUGACAAGGAGAAGCCCAAGGAAGCGGUCACCGUGGCUGUGAAGAUGUUGAAAGAUGACGCCACAGAAAAAGACCUUUCUGAUCUCGUGUCAGAGAUGGAGAUGAUGAAGAUGAUUGGAAAGCACAAAAAUAUCAUUAAUCUUCUUGGAGCCUGUACACAGGAUGGGCCCCUCUAUGUCAUAGUGGAAUACGCCUCCAAGGGCAACCUCCGAGAGUACCUGCGAGCCCGCAGGCCUCCCGGGAUGGAGUACUCCUAUGACAUCAACCGUGUUCCCGAGGAGCAGAUGACCUUCAAGGACUUGGUGUCGUGCACGUACCAGCUGGCCAGAGGCAUGGAAUACUUGGCUUCCCAAAAAUGUAUUCAUCGAGACUUAGCAGCCAGAAAUGUUUUGGUAACCGAAAACAAUGUGAUGAAAAUAGCUGACUUUGGAUUGGCCAGAGAUAUCAACAACAUAGACUAUUACAAAAAGACCACAAACGGGCGACUUCCAGUCAAGUGGAUGGCCCCCGAGGCUCUCUUCGAUAGAGUCUACACCCACCAGAGCGACGUCUGGUCUUUUGGGGUGCUCAUGUGGGAGAUCUUCACUCUUGGGGGUUCACCCUACCCAGGCAUUCCCGUGGAGGAGCUUUUUAAGCUGCUGAAGGAGGGGCACAGGAUGGAUAAGCCGGCGAACUGCACCAAUGAGCUGUACAUGAUGAUGAGGGACUGCUGGCACGCGGUACCCUCUCAGAGACCAACAUUCAAGCAGUUGGUGGAAGACUUGGAUCGAAUCCUUACUCUCACCACCAACGAGGACUACUUGGACCUCACGCAGCCUCUCGAACAGUAUUCACCCAGUUACCCUGACACAAGGAGUUCUUGUUCUUCAGGAGAUGACUCUGUUUUCUCUCCGGACCCCAUGCCUUAUGAUCCAUGCCUUCCUCAGUAUCCACACAUAAGCAGCAGUGUUAAAGCCUGAGCGAAGGUGUCCUCCUGUCUGCAAACAGGACAGCACCAGGCACCUACCUGUGCCGGGCAGGGGGGCUUUGUCUCCAAGAGCUUGUUGUGUCUGCUUGUAUAUAUGGAUCAGAGGAGUAUAUAAUUGGGAAAGUAGUGACACAGGUGUAAAGAGUUCGACAGUCGAGAACUUGUAAUCUUCAUCAGGAAGAGAAGAAUGUUUAUGGCACAGUGGACUGCCACGGGCUCGCCACGUGACCCCUCCGCCCCGCCGCCACCAGGCGACGGAUGGGCACUGGCUGUGGACCAGUUGGACUCAAGGCGAACACAGGUUCUGCCUUCCUUGUUAAUUUUGUAAUAAUUGGAGAAAAUAUAUGUCAGCACACACACACAGAGCACAAAUGCAGUCUAUAGGUGCUGGAUGUAUGUAAAUAUAUUCAAAUAAUGUAUAAAUAUAUAUUAUAUAUUUACAAGGAAUUAUUUUUUGUAUUGAUUUUAAAUGGAUGUCCCAGUGCACCUAGAAAAUUGGUCUCUUUUUAAAAAUAGCUAUUUGCUAAAUGCUGUUCUUACGCAGAAUUUCUUAAUUUUCACCGAGCAGAGGUGGAAAAAAUACUUUUGCUUUCAGGGAAAAUGGUAUAACAUUAAUUUAUUAAUGAAUUGGUAAUAUACAAAACAAUUAAUCAUUUAUAGUUGGUUUUUUUUUUUUUUUUUUUUUGUAAUUUAAAUGGCAUUCCUAUGCAGGCAGCACAGUGGACUAGUUAACCUGUUGCUCAGACUUAACUAGUCGCCAGAUGCUUAAAGAAAUCUUGACAAUAUCUGACUAAUUUGAGGGGGAGUGAAGUUUGGAUUUAUUUGAGUCGAAACUUGCACCACCUACCUGCCCAUCCUUUAAUAAGAAGGCAUUUUGCUUCCAGGUGAGGGUCUGUCAUGGGCCCAUGGAACAUUUAACUGUAUUUCCCAGGACACUUGGUACCAGCGUCCUCUGCAGAAGAUGCCUUAAUCCAUUCCUCAAGGACCACAGAGCACACUCCUCUGCUGGCCACUGGCCUUCUGCCCCCAGGUUGCACGUUAAUCAGCUCAGCCCAUCGUCCCUGCAUUGAGUAAUGGCUUCCAGAGUCUUUGCCUUCAGGAAGCCUUUUAAGAUCAUCAAGUCCCACAAUUGGACAUUGAAACCCAGAGAUGUCCUGCUGAUAGUUUUGGGAUCUUCCAUCUUUUCAAGGGAUGGCUUCCAUCUCCUCCUGGCAGGACCUCUCAAACAGAUCCGGCCGGAUACUGGUGACUUCAGACCAAACUUUGUCGUUCUGUUCAUUGUUCUGUAUCAGAGUGUUGGGUUUGCUUCUGAAACGCCUCCUCCCCUUGUUAUAGCCAUGCAACAUGAAUGCAGAUUACACUGAUUCUACGUGUUCAGAAAUUGGAGAAAGUAUUUAAUAAAACCUGUUAAUUUUUAUACUGACAAUAAAAUGUUUCUACCAAUAUUAAUGUUAACAAGACAAAAUAAAUGUCAUGCAGCUUAUUUUUUUAAUA